GCUGCCCGAGCCCGCGCCGCCUUCCCGCCGCCGCCGCCACCACCGCCACCAUGCCCAACUUCGCCGGCACCUGGAAGAUGCGCAGCAGCGAGAAUUUCGACGAGCUCCUCAAGGCGCUGGGUGUGAACGCCAUGCUGAGGAAGGUGGCCGUGGCGGCCGCGUCCAAGCCGCACGUGGAGAUCCGCCAGGACGGAGACCAGUUCUACAUCAAGACCUCCACCACGGUGCGCACCACCGAGAUCAACUUCAAGGUCGGAGAAGGCUUCGAGGAGGAGACGGUGGACGGGCGCAAGUGCAGGAGUUUACCCACCUGGGAGAAUGAAAACAAGAUCCACUGCACGCAGACCCUCCUGGAGGGCGAUGGCCCCAAGACCUACUGGACCCGCGAGCUGGCCAACGACGAGCUCAUCCUGACCUUUGGCGCCGACGACGUGGUCUGCACGAGGAUUUACGUCCGGGAGUGAAGGUGGCCUGUUUGGGCCUGCGCGUGAGACAGGACGCAGCCCUCCCCGAGGAAGAGGUCAUAGGUGUGGGCUCCAGCUGCCCGUCCCGACCCUGUGAACGAUAGAUGACCCCCUUUGCCCCCGACAGUGUUGUAGUGCCCCCUUGCCCCCUCCCGGCCCCCUCCAAGUCUCCUGUCUCCCUGGUGCUCUGUAGUUUCGCAUUUGCAUGGUUUCCUGGGCCAUUAAACUGCUUUGAUGUCUCUCAA